UCCUCUUUACUCCUCACUCUGCUUAAUCGCCACCCUCACUUUUCUCAGUUCAUAUCUGCAGAUAAUAUUUACCCACAGCCUUCUCCAAGAAAAAUUUUCAACAAUGGUUGAUCAUCAGAGCAACACCUCGUCAACUUCAAUCAUGGAAUCGAAGCCCCUUCACCCGCUUCACCAGAUCGCCGAGACCCCAACUCACAAGCUUCUCCUCAAGCAAUGGCUGAGGGAAGAAGAGCUAAUCCUCCACAGAAUAGCCCUCAAGGAGACUCAAAUUGACUCCGUCCGCAAAGAAAUCACCCAACUCUACUGCUUCUUCUUUUUCUUCCAUUCCACUGCCCUCAUCCUUCUCUUCAGCGCUGCCUCCUCCGCAGGAGGCCGGGGCCCCUUCUGCCGCAGGUCUUGGAUCCCAUCUUUGUGUUCCCUCCUCUGCUCUCUUGGGAUCAUAUGGGCUGUCAGGUACAAGACUGACGUGGAAGGCCAUCUGGAGAAGCUUCUGCAGAGGGAAAAAGAGGACUGCAAAUUGCUGGCCAAGUGCGUUGAGGAGUUGAAGAAGAAAGGGGUUGAAUUUGACCUGUUGAAAGAAGUGGACGCGCUGAGGAGGGCUAAGAGUUUGAGGGUUGAAUCCUCUAAAGCCGUCAGGAAAUGGUCAUCUAGGGACUUUGUUUCUUUCUUCUUCUUCACCGUGGCUUGUUUGGUCAUUGCUCUCACGAGAGUCAUUUUGUGCAAUUACUAAUUCCAAGUUUCCAAUCCGAAGCAGGGCAGGCGAGGGGGUGCCAUAAGAGGAAGAGCAGGACUGGAUCAAGAGCUUCUACAGUCUACUGCCAGAUUUUCAGAAUACGGAAAUGACCCUCCCCCCCUCUCUCUCUCUCUUCUUUUUGGUCUUUUGUUUAGUAUCUUUCUUUACUUUUCCUUCAACUUUGGUAGUGUAGAUGGAAUAUACGUUAGAAGCUUUAGAAACCAAAAAGUUAUACCGCUAGAGUUUUGGCUUGGGUGGUGUGGAUGGAUGAAAGCUGCAGAAUCCUCCGUUCUGCUUUCUGUUAAUUUGGGAUUAUUUGGUUAUAUUUGCAGAAUAAAUAUUUCUUUGUGCUAUCCAU